GGAGCUCCGGCGGUGCCUGCUCGGCAGCAGCCAUGAAGUCGCUGUGUCUGGUCACCGUGGGAGUCCUGGCCAUGACGCUGCUCAUCGCCAGCAUCUCCCUGCUGGUCGCGCACGUCUUCCAGACGGUGGUGGAUCUGCAGGUGAAGCAGGGAACUGUCUUGAAGAAUGGCACGGAAACCUUUGAGGCCUGGGAGGACCCUCCCCCCCCAGUCUACAUGCAGUUCUACUUCUUCAAUGUGACAAAUCCUUUGGAAGUGCUCCAAGGCGCCACUCCUCUCGUAGAGGAAAUCGGACCAUACACCUACAGGGAAUACAGGCCAAGAGUGCACGUCCAGUUUUUGGACAAUGGAACCAAAGUAUCUGCUCUAAACCCAAAGACUUAUGUAUUUGAACCUGAGAAGUCAGUGGGAGACCCUGAAGUGGACCUGAUCAGGACAGGGUUCUGAGAACUCCUGACACUUUUUUUACUUGUCAAGCAGAAGCUUGUGUUAAAAGUCACCAAGGUUCCUCCCCCCCACUUCCCAAUUAAAAGGAUAUUCUCAUCGA